UGCUUUGCUUCAACUGCGAUGUACUAUUUGUUUGAGAAAUUACCAUCGGUUUACAAAAGCCGCUAAAAUGCUCGUCACCUUUCGUUGCACACUGCGCGGUAAAUUUGGCGAAUCCAUAAAAAAUCGCUGACUAUUAUCCCAAAAAUGGAUAUUGCUUUCCUAUUAUCCAGGCAAAUCCAUACACCGGUAUGGAUUAUAUGCCUUGCGAUGAUUACCACAGCUGCGGAAGGCCAGGAGCUAGACCGCCAAUUUGAAGCAGAAAUCCAGGACAACAAGAUAGCGGAAAUAUUUGUUCGGGAAGGGGAUUCCUUUACGUUGACCACUCGCAGCUUUGAAGACCCGGUACAAUGGUAUAUACAUGGAAAGGAACUGAGCCUAUGGCGGCAAUCGAAUCUACAGGAGUAUCUGGCGCUUAAUGUGAGCACAAAGUGGAAUAGCACAACUGGUGAAAAUUUCUUGCAUGUUGUACACGCGAUUCCGGCAGUACACAGCGGCAGUUACUCCUGUGGUCGAGCAAAUCAUUAUCCGGAUGGAGUAGCUAAACGAAUUUCCCUAAGUGUGAAAGUGCGUUCAGUAAAGGAAGAAGCAAUGGCGAAAAGCCAAAAAAUGGAAUUCGACACUCCGGCUAUUUGGUCAACUAAGCGUCCUGGUUCACCAAGCUUCAUUUCUAUGGAUUCAGUUGGAAAGAUAUCGUACGGUGGAAGGCGGACAGUCAGCAUCCAGUACGUACUCCGGCGUGUGAUCCUACUCCCAUACGUCACCCUUACGAACGAUGCUUGGCCGUGCCAAAAUAAACAAUCCAUCCCGAAACAUCCCAGUGCGAUUGUGCACUUGCAUCCAUCCCGAUCCCGAUCCACCGCACAAUCCACGUGUCCAUCCGAUGCCCAAUGUGACUGUACGCCGCGAUUCCGAAUGAGUGAAUGUGUGGAAUCCUUGGCGAAGAGGCAUCCGGAAGUCCACGGGUUUGGCAGGGCGAAGUCCAAGGAUCCAGGAGAGCUGAUUACGAGUUACUAAUACUGUGCCGUUUGAGUUUAGAUGGUAUUUUGUAUAUACAGAAUACGGCAUAAAGCUUUAUUAGCGAUGACUUAAAAACUUAAAGUUGAAUAUGGCUUGUUUAGUAAUCGAAUUAUUACGCAUUGUAUGUACAGAGGAAGCGAAA